UCCGACCGGAAGGAUUCUGUAGCCUCACGCGCUAGUCCCAGCAGAUCUCUCCUCAGCUCGGAGUACCGCAGAGAAGAUGGCGGCGCUACGAGUCGUGGUGCUAUCGGGGAGUGGGAGAGCCCUCCUCAACACAUCGAAAACUAUCAAGACCCCCGUGGCCAAAAUGUCCUUCGCCAGCCUGCCUCGGAGCAAGAAGGUUGCCCUGACGACACUAGGCGUGGUCACCGCGGGCGGAGCAGGGCUCGCCAUGAUGCUGCACCAGUCCGUCAGAGCCUCCGACCUGGAGCUCCACCCCCCAAAUUACCCCUGGAGCCACGGUGGCCCUCUGUCCUCUCUGGACCAUGCUAGUAUUCGGCGUGGCUACCAGGUGUAUAGGCAAGUGUGUUCAGCCUGCCACAGUAUGGAGUACCUGGCCUUCAGAAACCUGGUGGGAGUGUCGCACACAGAGGCCGAGAUGAAGGUCAUCGCUGAGGAGGCUGAGGUGGUGGAUGGUCCUGAUGAGAGUGGAGAGAUGUUCACCCGUCCAGGAAAGGUGUCGGACUACUUCCCGAAACCCUACGCCAACCCCGAGGCAGCCCGGUCCGCCAACAACGGAGCCCUGCCUCCAGACCUCAGCUACAUUGUCCAUGCCAGACAUGGAGGAGAGGACUACGUGUUCAGCCUGCUGACGGGAUACUGCGAACCUCCAGCCGGCGUGGAUGUGAGAGAGGGACUUUACUACAACCCGUACUUCCCUGGACAGGCCAUCGGCAUGGCCCCGCCCAUCUACAAUGAGGUGCUGGAGUAUGAUGACGGAACCCCCGCCACCAUGAGCCAGGUUGCUAAAGACGUGAGCACGUUCUUGAGAUGGGCCUCAGAUCCGGCACACGACCAACGCAAACGCAUGGGAAUUAAGUUGCUGAUGGGCGCCGUCAUCCUCGUCCCGCUGGUGUACUACAUGAAAAGACACAGGUGGUCUGUGCUGAAGAGCAGGAAGAUCGCCUACAGGCCUCCCAAGUAAACGGAAACAAACACACCCCUACCUGGGCCCAAAACCUACCAGAGAGGGCUGCGUUCAACGACCCCACAACGCUCACCUCAUGAUCAUGCAGACAAAGAACAACUGACAAACACACACAUGCCUUUCUAAGAGGGAGUACAGAAGUCAGAGUAUAUAUACGAUGUUUAUUCCUACAGAAGAAUGCCUGUUUAGUUGUUGGCGUCGUAGAGCAAAGUGCGAGAGUUGCGGCGUUCUUGAACGCACCCUCCACUGAGUUUGUUUGUUUGAUCUGCAUCGAGUCAUUACUCACACUUUGUCUCAGUCGACUGAGAAGUCGACUGACUGUCCAUCUUUGUAAGAUACUCAAUAAUCACUCAAGCUGAGAAAUGGUUGCCGUCAAAGUUCGUAACAUCCUGAGUGUAAAUCCAUCCUCCCCGAGCGCUCCACGCCGCCGCAGUGGAUGCAACGCAACCUCCGAACCUGUUUUACUGUACAAAAUAAAUUAUCUUAAAGGAAA